UGCCGCCCCUCUUUGGAUGAUGACGAUGAACUCUCUGGCCGAGAGCCUGCUGGGGGGCCCGCCGGACCCGUCCAAAGCGGCCUUCCUGGACUUCGGCCUCGGCCCGCCGCCCUCGCCUCCGCAGCAGCCCCAGCAGCAGCAGCACCAACACCCGGCCGGCCUGGCGCCCCCGUACGCCCUCCAAGCCUUGCACCCGCUGCAGCCGCCCCCGCAGCCACAGCAGCCGCUCGACGGCGGCGGCGCCUUCCCCUCCUCGGCCGCCUCCUACGGCCGCUCCUUAGCUUAUCCCCCUUAUCCCGGGGCGGCCGGAGGCAGCCCCCACGCCUUCUACCACCACCACCACCACGGCGCCUCCUACUCGCCUUACCAGCAGACCUCCAGCGGCCUGGGCCACGGGACGAGGCUGGAGGAGACGGAGCUCGAGAAGUCGACCAUCAUUGAGAACGGGGAAAUCCGCAUCAAUGGGAAAGGGAAGAAGAUCCGUAAACCGCGCACCAUCUACUCCAGCCUCCAGCUUCAGGCUCUCAACCAACGGUUCCAGCAAACACAGUACCUGGCAUUACCCGAGCGGGCAGAGUUAGCAGCACAGUUGGGCUUGACCCAAACCCAGGUCAAGAUCUGGUUCCAGAACAAACGUUCCAAGUUCAAAAAGAUUAUGAAGCAGGGCUCCAGCAUCCAAGAUGAUCACCUCCACAGUUCUUCAUCUUUGUCCCCUUGUUCCCCCAAUAUACCCCCACUCUGGGACAUCCCCAUGGCAUGCAAAGGAGCGCCCCUCCCCCACAGCAGUUACAUAAACAGCUUUGGACCUUGGUACCAUCAACCGCAACACCAAGACACAAUGGGUAGGCCUCCAGUGAUGUGACGAAGGUAGAAGGUGUGCUGCAUUGACCCCCUCUAGUGUGCCUCUUCCUCCAAAGCUCUGACCAGGAACAGGGAAAUGCCCUUGGAGCAGGGAAACGGAUGGAGCGGGUGGCUUCUUCGAAGGCACCGCCAGCACUUCCCUUCCUUGACGAGAAGCUCUCUGGCAGGAGACGACUGCAGAUGCACAGGUGGACUUCCGCAACCUGUUCAAGGACCAAAUCGAACAACUGUGGCGGAACGCAUGGGGCGGAGAUAGGGAAAGAACUCCCCACCCACCGAAACUGGACUGCAAGUCAAAAUACCAUUUGAAGCAGCGUCUCUUCAGCAGGGUGUUUUUGUUCCAAAGAUAGGCUCGUGAGUGUCAUGGCCUUGUAUUGGAUCUAGUUGUGUUAGCAAGAUCAGAGUUGCCAUGUUUUUUCUUUGGUUCAGUCCCCACCCCUCCACCGCCUCCCCGGGCAAAGUUUCUGUGCCUUAAACAGUUUUGAUGG